AUGGAUGUUCAAGUGAUUGAUGUAAGAGCAGUAGGGCAUAGUGGAAUGGGAGAUGAUGGCGAUGCCGAACGUAGUGAAGGUGGAGAGGUGAAUAAUGGUGAGACUCCUCAGGCUCAUGUUGAGGAGGGGGAGAUUCCUGAGCCCUAUGUGGGCAUGGAGUUCCAUUCCGAAGAGGCUGCCAAGAAUUUGUAUGAGGAAUAUGCUAGACGGUUGGGUUUUAACUCCAAAGUUGGUCAGUCUAGUCGUUCUAAUCCCGACGGAACAACCACUGCCAGGGAGUUUGUGUGUGGGAAAGAGGGUGUCAAGAGAAGACAUGGUGAUAGUUGCGACGCGAUGCUUAGGAUAGAGUCAAGGGGUGGUAACAGAUGGGUUUCUACCAAGUUUGUCAAGGAGCAUAGUCAUGCAUUAGCGAAUCCUAGUCCCGUGCAUUAUCUCCGGCCUCGCCGCCAUUUUGCUGGUGCUGCCAAGAAUUUGGCCGAAGCUUAUCAAGGAGUGGGGAUUGUUCCCAGUGGUGUUAUGUAUGUCUCCAUGGAUGGGAACCGUGCAUCUUUGGAGAAAAACCGUCUAGUUAGGAGUGCUUCAUCUGCAGAAUCAAAUCGGAGGACAUUGGGGAAGGAUGCUCAGAAUUUGCUGGAGUAUUUCAAGAAAAUGCAGGCUGAAAACCCUGGUUUCUUUUAUGCAAUACAACUUGAUGAAGAUAAUCACAUGGGUAACGUGUUUUGGUCGGAUGCAAGGUCAAGAGCAGCUUACUCUCAUUUUGGUGACGCUGUUACGCUUGAUACUACAUACAGAGUAAACCAGUAUAGAGUGCCAUUUGCUCCUUUUACCGGAGUGAACCAUCAUGGUCAGACAAUCUUGUUUGGUUGUGCAUUACUUCUAGAUGAGUCAGAGGCAUCUUUUAAUUGGUUAUUCAAGACAUUCCUUACCGCUAUGAAUGAUCGCCGACCUGUAUCUAUUACAACUGAUCAAGACAGAGCCAUACAGACAGCAGUUUCUCAGGUGUUUCCAGAAGUUCGCCACUGUAUUAGCAAGUGGCAUGUUUUGAGAGAAGGCCAGGAAAGGUUGGCUCACGUAUGUCAUGCACAUCCUAAUUUUCAGGUCGAACUUUAUAACUGUAUCAAUUUGACUGAAACGAUCGAGGAGUUUGAAUUGUCUUGGGAUUGUAUCCUUGAUAAGUAUGAUCUCAGGAGAAAUGAUUGGCUUCAAUCGCUGUAUAGUGCUCGUGCUCAAUGGGUACCUGUGUAUUUUCGGGAUUCCUUUUUUGCUGCCAUAGCUCCCAAUCAAGGGUUUGAGGUUUCCUUCUUUGAAGGCUAUGUGAAUCAGCAGACGACAUUACCAUUGUUCUUUAGGCAGUAUGAAAGAGCAUUAGAGAACUGGUUUGAAAGGGAAGUAGAAGCUGACUUCGAUACAAUUUGCACUACACCAGUAUUGAGAACACCAUCACCCAUGGAGAAACAAGCAGCCAAUCUUUAUACAAGAAAAAUCUUCGCAAAAUUUCAAGAAGAGCUGGUUGAAACUUUUGUGUACACGGCAAAUAGAAUUGAAGGUGAUGGAGCUAUCAGCACAUUCAGAGUGGCAAAAUUUGAGGAUGACCACAAGGCGUACAUUGUUACAUUAAACUAUCCAGAGAUGAGAGCUAACUGUAGUUGUCAAUUGUUUGAGUAUUCAGGUAUUCUAUGUAGACAUGUUUUAACAGUCUUUACAGUUACAAAUGUGCUUACACUACCUUCCCAUUACAUUUUGAAACGAUGGACAAGAAAUGCAAAGAAUGGAACUGGCCUAGAUGAACGUAGUGGGGAGUUGCAUGACCAAGAAUCUCUGACAUUACGGUAUAACCAUCUCUGUCGGGAAGCCAUUAGAUAUGCAGAGGAUGGGGCUACUACUAUAGAAACUUAUAAUGCAGCAAUGACUGCUCUUAGAGAUGGUGGGAAGAAGGUUUCUGUUGUGAAGAGAAAUGUAGCUAAAGUUACACCUCCUAGCUCUCAGGUUACUGGGACUGGCUAUGAAGACAAGAAAAAUUCUACAUCAAAUUCAGAUAUGACCCCUUUGUUGUGGCCACGCCAAGAUGAAGUUAUGAGGCGAUUUAAUCUUAAUGAUGCUGGUGCACCAGGUCAAAGUGUUUCUGAUUUGAAUUUGCCACGAAUGGCCCCGGUGUCUCUUCUACGGGAUGAUGGUACUCCUGAGAAUAUGGUGGUACUUCCGCAGCUUAAGUCAAUGACUUGGGUUAUGGAGAACAAGAAUUCAGCACCAGGAAAUAGAGUAGCUGUCAUUAAUCUGAAGUUGCAUGAUUAUAGCAGGAUUCCAUCAGUAGAAUCAGAGGUUAAGUUUCAGCUCUCGAGGGUUUCAUUGGAGCCAAUGUUGAGGUCUAUGGCCUACAUUAGCGAGCAGCUCUCAACACCAGCUAAUAAGGUUGCUGUUAUAAAUUUAAAGCUCCAAGACACAGAUACAAGUACAGGGGAGUCAGAGGUUAAGUUUCAAGUGUCUAGGGAUACAUUAGGUGCCAUGCUACGAUCAAUGGCCUAUAUCCGCGAGCAGCUUUCAACCUCUGGCGAUGUCCCGUCAGAAUCACAACCAAAAAAGCAGCGGAAGUAAAGGCGUGUUGUGUGCUUCUCAUGUGUGUCUUCAUGCGGAAAGGAGGUGACGGCAUAGAAAUUUCAGGAUGCUCAUAGUUCCACAUUUCAUUGCAUAAUCCUCUCUUCCUUUAUGUGUAAGCUUGUUGUCAACAUUUUGUACAUGUAUUGAAUCGAAAUUGAGAAUCCAUAGGCACCAUAGAGAUGUCAUAGGUGUAAUGUGGUCAAGAAUCUAUGAUAUCCCAGAAUUAGAAAGCAACUUUAUUCAAGAUUUUCUGCAGUAGAAAUUGGCAGGGUUUAUUGUGAUAGCUGAAUUUGGUAUUACAAGCUCUGUUUCAUGCAGUUACUGGCAUUUGGCAGGGUAUAUCUUAAAAGGAAAAACUAACAAUAACUGGUGAACACUUACCUUCUAGGCUGCAACACAAGUUCUUUCUGUAAGCCACUCAAGUCCAAGUUUUUCAUCUUUUGUAUCUCUCAUCUCCAUUUCUUUUAGAGAUCGAUAGAACGAUUAGUACUUGUUAGGAUCUGUUCUACGUCAGAAAUUGAGUUACCCUGAUCAGUCUACAUGGAACGUUUAGUUUACCGAUCCUCUUAACAUAAAAUCGAGAAAACUUUUUCUUACUGG